AUGCCACCAUCCACAAAGACAGAGAAUAAUGCACCUAAAGCGGAUUCAAAUGAAUUAUCAACAGAAAAACCUGCGUCUUCCGGUGGCGGACUGACAAGUUUUCUUGACUCGCUUGGAGCUAAAAGUGUUGUACCGGACAACACAAAAAUAAAAUCAGUAGCAACAAACGCACCUACUACAGCUCGGCCGUGGACAGCGCCGGUAAGCCGUAAUUCGAAAGUGACAACAACGAAGAGUACGGUCUUACAAAACGGGUUUAUGUUUGGGGUGAAAAAUUCGCAAACUACUACGGCGAAAACGAUAGGUUUUGGACCAACAAAGCCCUCGUUUGGGAACUUCGGAGCAACGACGACGAAGUCAAUCGUAAAUUUUGGAGUGACUAAAGGUCCUUCAAUUUUUGGCUCGCAAACGACCAAAAAAACAUUUGGCGGCAAAUCGUUCGGCUUUGGUAACUCUUUCGGUGCAGCAACAACGAAGAAAACGAAUCUCUUCGGAUCUUCAGGGAUCGGCGGAGCUAAGAACUCAUGGACUGUCUCAAAAACUACUGCUGCACCAUCAAUUCCAAACGUCAUCAAAAAGAAUCAACCGCGUUCCCUCUUAGAAUCCAACGAUGAAGCUGAUCAAGCUGUGCACAUCGCAACAGCAGAUCCAGACAAAGCUGAUAGUUUUAAAGAUCAGACUUUGAAGGACGACUUAUCCAUUAAAAAAGAUGAUAUCAAGACUGUCCUGAAGGAGUUUAAGAAAAAUGCAGCCGAUGAUAUCUUCUUCCGGUACCUGGCGAGGCUCGUGAUUGACAACUACGACGAUGAUUUUGACUUUUACUACAGGGAAAUCGACGCUAUCAGCUGUAAAAGCAUCAAUUUCUACAACAUCGUUGUCGCGUACAUUACCGACGAUACCGAACUCCAGGCCAAGAUCAAUAGCUGUUCUACCAAUCACGAGCACUUGAAUUACAACCAGCUGACAUUCAAGGCGAUCUACUUUGCGUUUCACUGUUGGAACAUCUUGUGCUUUUGUGGGACCUUCUGGAUCUUCCAAUACGUGUUCAUCAAACCGCUUGAGGAAAUGAUCAGCGUUGGUGGAAUGAGCUCAAGUCCGAAGAAACCGAACAGAGCCUUCAAACUGAAUUCUUACCUGUAUUAA